GACCAUCUAGCUUGCAUUUGACGACCACGAAGUCUCAUAGUUAAAUUGAACUGUCAGGCUCCAAAAUUCUACUUCCUCCAGACGAUACUUCGUGAAUCAACUUGCAUGAUAUCUUAACACGAUGUCCAACUCUAUUCCCUCACCCUGGAUCGCCAACUAUCUCACUAGUGUUGCAGAGACAUAUGGCGGCAAUCUCUCCAGCGUAAAACCAGAUUCGAAAGCGAGGAAAGCCCAGCUCAUUAAGUUUCUCACUCACCAGCGACCCAACCCAGAGUCGUGGGUAUGGGCAAUCAUAUCCGAUAAAGUGCACCAUAUCCCAGUUCGAUUCAGCAAAGAGACGAUCCAAACAUACAUGAACGACCCAUCGCGCAUGGCUGAGCUGUUCACUGACCACAGAACUGUCUUUGUCACUGUGAAGAACAUUCGACCGAUGUUUACCCGCGUACCGAUCGGCGAUGGCAAGGGCUUGGAUCCUCGCGAACGAAUCGCCUUGGACGUGGAUUCUGUGAAUGUUAAAGGUGCAUUCGGCGACGACCCAUGGGGCCGUCCGAAAGAUGUCGAGACCGUUGAAGACAUUCAGUCAUGGUCCAAGGGGCUCUCAGAUCCGCACGGGGGUGGUGGUAAUAUUCUGAAGCUUCGGAAACAACAACAAGCAGAUUCUUCGAAUCCCCCAAAGCCCCUGGCAGAGCAGACAACACUGGUGCAACUCUCAGCUCGUCAAGGGCCUGUGAUUCCGGCAAUGCCUCCUGUUCACAUGAAUGCCAAGAAGCAGCACAUCCGGCGCUGGAAGGUAAUAGCCGAGAAUCUUACUCACCAUUUGCCUGAUGACGAAAUAUAUAGGACGGUAAAGACUACACCAUUCAGUCGUGGCGAGGCCGAUCAACCUAUAACGGAAGCAGGGCAUACAGAUUUUCACCGGGAGGCUGAUUCCCCCAAGUUGCCUCAUCGGAAAGUCCUUCAUGCCCUUGAUAUCACGUCAAGCCCGCCAGCAUCACCCAGGAGCAACUGGGAUGGCGAACCGUCACCCCCAGCCACUCCAUCACACUGGUCCCCUUCGAUCAGGGGUAGUCAGAGGCAUUCUUCUCCUGAGGUGGAUAAUGAUGAGAUAGAACUGCCUUCGCACAAUAAGGCAUAUGACGAUAAUCUCCGUUCGCGCUCUAACAGUGCCAUGCUGGUCGACGUCAAACAAGAAGAGAACCUCCGAGGUCCCUCACCCAUUCAGAAUGCGGGUAGAAGCUCAGUCCCUCCCUCUCCCAUGUCUUCUGUACCGGCUGCACCUACGCCUGCACAAGGCCCCAAGCCACCACCACCCACGGCCUCAGAUCAGUUAAUGGAUCGUGAAACGCCCAAUCGCAUAAAGGACGUUCCAUCCACCUUUGGUUCUAUGUAUCCUCCGACUUCACCCUUCAGUCCAAUGAGUCGCGAACAGGGUACGCCUCCGAGGCAGGACAUAAAGACAAAUCUCGGGGACAGGUCCUUCCAUCCGUACCUGUCAGGCCCAGGCAGGAUUCUAGUCCCAAAUUCAGACUCCUCUGGGACUGCAUCGCAGCCGCAGGGUCGAUCGCAGUCUUUACCAGCAGUCUUUUCAAGCCAAAACCAACCGUUAUCGCAAGUUCGAACAUCGCAAUCACUCCCGAACAUUUUGGACUCGCAAAGCUUGAUUGUACAGGAUUCUCAGUCACAACCACAGGGGCGCUCGCAGCUUCGAAACGAAAUUAUGCCUUCUUCCGACCAGGUUGAGCCACCAGCGUCUUCUCGCAUCGAUGUAAAAGAGCCAGCUACCCCUUCCCCGGUGGAUUACAUUCCCUCUACGCCAGCACACGCCCCGCCUGUCUCUCAGGUUUCGGUUAUCGAGACUUGGCCGUCAUCUGAAAUUCGUCGCAAUAACAGACGACCUCCGACCUCCCCGAUUGAACCCGCUGACUCGCCAUUUAAAACGCAAAAACUGACUGGAAACGAGAGCAAAAGGGAGACAGGAGAUGCAGACGAUGUUGAGGCCAGGGUUGCUGCCGAAUAUGCAUUGAACGAUGAAGACAAGAGUGCAGAAGCUGAUGAUGAAGCCGCAUCGAACGCCUCGACUGACGAUCCUGAUUCGCAUGCUCUGGAGGAAGAACCCGAGUACGUCGAUGAUGUCGAAGUUGAUCAGCUUGACUCGGACGAUGAGAUCACAGACGUCAUGGUUCGUCAGUCGGAAGUUGCGGUUCUCGCUGAAGACUUAGAACAACCAGUUAAACGUGCUGUCGAUGGUGACAAGAGUGACGAUAUCAUUCCUCAUGAUGUUCCAAUGCUCUCUUCGUCAAGGGCGUCCUCUGUAAAAUCCACGACAAAGCAGACCAAAUCGGUUUCUCGAACAUAUAGCUCGGAUUUGCCAGCGAUGCCAUCUAGUCCGGAUGUGUUCCUCAGCGAGGCAUCGUUUCGACAGGAAUCACAACUUCACAGCAACCCUCGUUCAGUGUCAGAAAGGCGGUCCCAGAAGUCUUCCCAAACACCACCUGUAUCAUCUGAAGAACCCGUUCGCGGUCUGCCAGAACAAACUGCUCAAAUUCCUUCACCCACGGUUACGCAGAUGAACAAGACUGUUCAGAUUUCGCAGAAUCAGGAUUUCACACAAAUAUCCGCCGCCCACCACGAGAAGUCGGUCGCGCCAGUGCCUACGACUCCGAUGGCAGGUCCCUCAACAGGAAAUCACGAUGUUGAUGCUUGGCGUGCACCCAGCUUUAUGCGUCAACAGGAACAGGGCAAGGUCGAUGCACGCCCGGGGACAUCCGUACCCGUAGUGACGAGGAAAGCAAAACGUCCAAUUUCUGUUAUCUCGGUGUCCUCUUCAUCAGAAAGAGAUGAACCACCCCCAGCGAAGAAACGAAAGGUUGCGCCUCAGCAAGUGAUAGAGAUCGAGAGUUCACCUGAGCCUAGUCCGCCGCGUAUUCUAGCUCCUCCCGCAGGCAGGGCCGAUGCCAAAGGAAAAGGAAAAGACGUCCUCAAAGCCGACCUAGUGAAGCACUCAACACCCAGACUUCCGCAUAUUGACCUCCGUCGAAGUGCUUCAAUUUUGUCUACGAGGUCUCGGGGGUCAAAGAAAAGAACAAGUGAUCGUUCUGUCGAAUCAACUUUGAAACCAAAUGCGUCAUCAGCCAGUAUGGCCGAUGUCUCUCGACCGACUUCGUCUGCAAGUCCAGUGAGAGAAAUCGACUUCCGUGUUCUCUCUAGGACAUCGUCGACAUCCGCCAGGGAUUCCUCGCGCAAUCCUAGGGAGCCCGGUGAUUCUGGUCCCAGAAUGACCGAACCUGUUAAUGUAGAGCCGGUAUUGAGCUCACGACCUCCCUCUACGAAGGAAUCUAACGCCUCACAAUCUCCGGAGAAUGCUCUCAAGACUUCUUCACGCAGCCGCAAAGGGAAGGAGGUAGAUCGUGGCGGCGGUGGGUCUCCCUUUGCUUCAUCGUCUGCUAUUCCAACAGCAAGUACUGGUGAAGGGAAGUCUCGCGAUGUCAGAGGGAAGGGCUUCAAAAUAGACGCGGACGUCAGACAAGUGAAUGGACUACCACCCGUGACCUGGGGCGUUCUAAAAGAUAUUCUACUACGCACUGGUCGUGCGAGGUUCAAGCAACAGCAAAAGCAGAAAAAAGGAGAUCCAGGUCCCUAACCUUACCAUGAGCCCUGGGCCCUCCUCCCGAUACUAUUACUUAUUGUCAUUCUAGUCUCUUAUGUAUGCGUGUUGUACCUGUUGUGCUAGAUAUCGGUAUUCUGAUACAGUUUUCCAGCUUCUCUUUUC